AAAUUAUAUUAAAUAGCGUAAGUAAAAUGGAUACGACGUUGGACCAAAGCCAUGAAACCGAUAUUACGCAGGAUAUAGAAGACCAGACCCCUGAAGCUUUAACUAGAGAGGAACUAGAGGUCUUCACCGAUUAUAUGACAUCAGUCAGUUCGGCUCUACUUGACGUAGAGUCGCAAGAUUACUUUCACAAAUCUAUUCAUACUGAGGAGAACUUGAACACGAUUAGAGCUUUCAUUACAGACGCACAGAAUAGAUCUCUGAUUGUUUCCAAGGUAGAAGAGUCCUCAGCAACUAUGAAUGAACAAGAAGCAGAAGGCAAAGAGGAACUCAAAGAUACAGCCCAGGAUACAAUUGACACCUCUGAGUCUCAUAAGAAUUGAAUGAUCAGUAUUGCUGUUGAUCUCAAAGUUCAGUACAGAGGAGCUGACUCCCAAUCCAUUGCUUUCAUCAAGAGACAUCAUGGGGGCAAUAUUGAACUGAAGACUACAGGAGGCAAGAUUGGAAAACAACUCCAAGUGAUCAAUCUUGGAUAUCCUGGAGAGGAAAUUGACAUCUUCAGACUCGCUAAUAUUUAUGUUGACAAUGGUCUCAUCCCCCUCUUUGCUUCUUACAGGUCAAAGAAGUCAUCUGAUAGCGGAAACAUAGACCAUCUAGAUGAGAUCGAGCAGCUGCUCGCUAAGCUCAGACUUGAGUUCACCCAUUGCACUCAAGAUCAGAUUUCUUACGAUGUUAAACUAACUCUGCCGAAGAGAGUCUUGCAGAAGAAGCUUGAAGUUGAGGCCGAAGGAAGGACCAUAAGUAUCGAUGAUUUUGAGGCUGAGUCUUCUGACCAAACUUUCGUUGAUUCUCUGAUAAAGUCUCUCAAUUAUUGGCUCAAAGACAUAUCGAAAGUUACAUAUAUGGACGCUAAUUUCUGAAUUGAUUCAGUUCUGACGGAAAUCACUUUCUGGAAGAAUAGAGAGACUGCUCUUAGAAAUAUAGAACAACAACUUGAAACCCCAGAAAUCCAGACAGUCUUAGGCCUCUUGAACAAGGAGUCUUCGACUGGAAGGCAUGUCCUCUCUUUCAACCAGGACAUCAAUGUUAUGAAUGAACUCAAGAAAGCUCAAGACUUCAAUAUGAUGUUGAAGGACUGCCCAAUCAAUGACUUGAUCUCUGCCAAGGACCUCCCAAGCACACAGAAGGCAAUCAAUGAUAUCUUCGAGUACCUCAAGGUGUUCAAGAAGGGGACUUCCUACCCGAUCGGCAGAAUCAUGGAGAUGCUGGAGGCUCUCAGUAAAGACUGCUCCAAGAGAAUUCUUAAGAUUCUUGAAGACUACGACUUAAUGACCAUCGAAAAUAAGAAGUUCAUGAUCAUCAAAGAAGAGUGACUUAAGAUCUUCUCAGACAUCGACAAGUGCUUGAAGCAAUUCAUUGAAUCGGCAAAGAACAAAAAUCCCAAGAGAAACGAGAGGAAGACUAUUGCCAAGAAGCUCGACCUCGAGCAUAGUAACAUCCAGGGAAGACUCAACGAAAUCUCAGAGCACAGGAAAGAGAAUGUAAAGUUACUUGAGAUUGUGUCAAGCAUCUUCUCAAAGCAAAGUGACUCCAGUUCUAAAGAAGCUGUCAGAGACAUCCAAAAUGCGUACACAAUCUUCCUGUCAAUCAAUGUGCUCGACAUGACUGCUGAAGGAGAGAACAGAUGGCAAAAGGCAAACAAAGAGUACAACUUAAAGAUUGACAGAAUUGAACAAGAGAUUACUACUCAGAUCAGAGAUAGACUAGCAUCUGCAAAGAGUACUAAUGAGGUGUUCAGAACUUUCUCGAAGGUCAACGCCUUGUUCUCAAGACCAAGGAUUAGAGGUGCAAUCCAAGAGUACCAGAACCAGAUCUUGUCCAGUAUCAAGAAAGACAUCACCAGCUUCAGAGAUAGAUUCUUGGUUAAAUACGGCUCUUCAGAAGUCUGCAAGAUGUACAAAUUCAGGAAUUUCCCAAGUGUUUCAGGUCUGCUCACUUGGUACAAUACUCUCGAGAGAAAAUUAGAUACUUACUCCCAAAGGGUCAAAGAUGUGCUGGGUGCUGAGUGGGAGAAACAUUCAUCAGGAAAGCAACUCAAGCAACAACUUGACCCGAUUGCGAAGCAUUUGGCUGACUAUAAGACGACUCACUACAACGCAUGGAUUGAAGAGAUGAACAAAAUCAAGCCAUUUGACAAACAGAAACUCCAUAUUUACAAAAUCUCCAAGAAGAGUGAUGGCUCGCUCAAGCUUGAAGUUAAUUUCAAUAAGAAGGCUCGCUGGCUAUACCAUGAAAAGAAUACUCUGAAAUCACUCGGAAAGAGGCUUCCACAUACAAUCCUGAUGAAGGCUUCCGAAGUGGAGAUGUGAUUCCCAUCCUACAUCUCAUUAGUUGAUAGUUUGGCUACUAUCCAACAAGUCAACAGCAUAACCACUCCUGAGAUUGAGAUGUCUCUUGCUUCGAAGAGGAAGAGAGUCCACCAGCAGUUCAAGGCUGGAACAAAGAUUUCCUGGAAGGAUGAAAGAGGACUCCCUGGAUAUGCCAACCAGAUCGCAGCUCAAGUUCAAGAACUGGAAGAUUCCACCCAUAUUGCCUUACAGAAGAACGACAGAAAGAACCAAAUCAUGAAGGGUCUUGACGACUGCAUGUACAAGAGCGAAGAGUUUAAACACAGGCUCGACGAACUCCAGAGAAUUGCAGACGACUUUGUCUUCUCCGACUUCUCAAACAUUUUCAAGUGGGUUGAUAUUGUGAACCAACACGUCGAGAGCAUCUUGGUCAAGAGGGCCGAGGAAGCUAUUCAACAGUGGAUUGAUGAGUUCAAUAACUAUGGAGACUGCACCCCAAGAUUUAUCAAAUUGGCUCCAAUCCAUGAGAUCAAAAUUAGAGACAGACAGCUGGUGAUGGAUCCAAGCGUGCAAGAAAUGAGGUCCUUCUGGUACAAGCAGCUCAACCGUGUCGUAUCUGUAAUUGGCAGACAGAAAAAUAUUGAGAGCACAAAGUAUGACAACCGAAGCAGAGCUAGCACCUCUUUACUGGCUGGAGAUGUCGAGGAAGAACCAGACUUCAGAUUCGCUCUGAAGAAGAUCAGAAAAGAUAUUAUGCGGAAAGCUAACCAGACCAUUGAAUCCGCUAUUCGAGAUGCUCAAUCAUAUGUGUCAAUCUCAGGUUGCCAGGCUCUCUGGAAUGUAGACUUCUCUAAGCUCUACGACAAACUGGGAGGAAAUGUAGCAAAAUGGCACUUCUGCCUCGGAGGCCUUCAAGACCUAAUCAUGAGAAACUUUGAUAGAGCCGAAACGAUCAAACACUUCGGAGCUGUUGUGAUUGACUACCAGAAGGCUCAAGACCAAGUCAACAACAGAUUCAACUCUCUGAGAGACCAAAUUGUGAAGAGGCUAUAUGAAGAUGUUUCUGGAAACAUGAACCAAUUCUACAAGACUCUUACUACUGCCAAGAAUGAGCUCGAACUUCUCUCUCUGGACAACCCAAAUAUCGACGUCACCAUUUUCAUCACUGAAAUCCAGGAGAAGAAGCGUCUGUCUGGCAAAUGGGAGAAAGAGCUGGAGGAUGUUUAUGAGCAAGGAUUCGGCAUUCUCAAGAAGAAGUAUUAUAUCCAAACUCCUCAUAAGCUCAAUAUUGACAAUGUCAGAGGCGCCUGGAGCAACUUCAAGCAAAUUCUUUCCAAGAAGGUCAAGCUCAUGGAGGGAGAAAUGGACAGACUCAGAUCAAAGGUCAUCUCUGAACAGAAGGUGGUCGCCAAGAAGAUCGAAGAAGCCAAGAAGGAAUGGGUCACCAUGAAAGACCAAGGAUUCAUCCAAGUCGAAGAAGGCCAAGAAGGCGACCAAGCACUUCCUGACGUUCGAGGAAUUCUCAACUUCCUCAGUGUGGUUGAAGCUAAAGCAGGCAAGCUCAAGGAUGACUGGAAGAGAGUCUGCAAAGCUAAAGAACUUCUCGACAUGGAUCUCUCAGACCCAGAGGCUUUAGACUGAUUUGAGGCCACCAUCAGAGACUAUAAGGGCGUUUGGGGAGCCCUCAGCAAGAUCUGGGAUCAAGUCUUAGAAAUUGGAGAGACCCUCUUCACUGCUUUAAAUCCCAAUAAAAUUAAGGAAAGCUUGCGAAACACUUUAGAAGAAUUCAUUGAAAUGCCAACAAAGUUCAAGCAAUAUGAUGCCUACGAAGACAUGAAGUCUCGAGUCAGCAAAUUCCAGAGCAUGCAAAACACAGUCAUUGACUUAAAGGGAGAAGCAAUCCAGCAAAGACAUUGGACCAAACUCCUCAGAGUCUUGAGAAUCAAGAUCCCAUUCAAUGAACUCACCGUCCUGGACCUCUGGAAGGCUGACCUCAUCGCCAAUAAAGUUGCAGUUGGAGACAUCAUGGCCCAAGCCAUUGGUGAGAGUGCCAUCGAGAGGUUCCUUACUGACAUGAAGGAUCACUGGGCCGCUCAUGAGCUCGAUUUAGUGAAAUUUCAAGCCAAGUGCAGGUUGAUCAGAGGGUGGGAUGACUUAUUUACAAUGAUUGACGAAGACAUCAGCAACCUUGCUUCCACCAGAAUGUCCCCGUUCGUUAAGAACUUUGAAGAGGCAAUCCCUAAAUGGGACUGGAAGCUAGAGCAAAUGAGAACCAUCUUUGAUAUCUGGAUUGAUGUCCAGAGGAGAUGGGUCUAUCUUGAAGGAAUUUUCUUUGGUGCUGCAGAUAUCAAGACCCAGCUGCCACAAGAGUUCACAAGGUUCAAGAGCAUUGACUCAGAAUUUGUUCAGCUGAUGAGAAAAGUGUCAGCUAAGCCACUCACCCAAGAAGUCUGUGCCAUUGCAAACUUAGAGCAAACAUUACAGAGACUGAGUGAUAUGCUCAACAAGAUUCAGAAAGCCCUAGGAGAUUACCUCGAGACCCAGAGAUCUAACUUCGCAAGGUUCUACUUUGUUGGAGAUGAAGACCUGCUUGAAAUCAUUGGUAACUCAAAGGAUAUUAGCAACAUUCAGAGACAUUUCGCUAAAAUGUUUGCAGGAAUUGCAAGCCUGAAGUCCCCGGAUGGCAAUGAACUCCAAGGAAUGUUCUCAAGAGAAGGAGAGUAUGUCCACUUCAAGCAGAAUCUCCAAUUGUCUGACGACCCAACCAUCUACCGCAGACUUGCGAGGGUUGAAGGAAUGAUGCAAUCUUGUCUUGCCCACGAACUCCAGAAGGCAGUUGAGAGCAUCAAGAUGAUUGUCAGCUCAAACCGAGAAGUGUUCCUGGAGUGGAUUGAUAAGUACCCAGCUCAGAUAGUGCUCACUGCCAUGCAGAUCUCCUGGGCUCAGAGAAUUGAGGAUGGACUCAGAAAGACCACCAAGCAUCUUGAAGCUACUGAGGAAAAUAUCGGAAACUUCUUGGUUAUUCUAGCUGAGGGAGUUCUUGGCGAGCUUCCAAAUGACAUCAGACGAAAAUACGAACAACUCAUUACUGACUUAGUGCACCAGAGAGACACUUCGAGACAGCUCGCAGAGGCUGGAACCUCAAGUGUUGAGGACUUCGACUGGCUCUACCACAUGAGAUACUACUGGAAUGCUAAUCAGGAGGACCCCCUGAAGAAGGUAGAGAUCCUCAUGGCUAAUGCAGUAUUCAACUAUGGAUUCGAAUAUCUUGGAGUCGGGGAGAAGCUAGUCCAGACUCCAUUAACAGAUAGAUGCUAUCUUACUCUCACCCAAGCUCUCAACUUCAGACUUGGAGGAAACCCAUUUGGACCAGCAGGAACUGGUAAAACAGAAUCAGUCAAGGCACUCGGAGCCCAACUUGGAAGAUUCGUGCUUGUGUUCAACUGUGAUGAAGCCUUCGAUGGAAAUGCUAUGGGAAGGAUCUUCGUUGGUCUAUGCCAAGUAGGAGCAUGGGGAUGCUUCGAUGAGUUCAACAGACUUGAAGAGACAAUGCUCUCUGCUGUUUCACAACAAAUCUUGACCAUUCAAACUGGGCUGCGAGAGCAUUCAGGUAAAAUCGAACUUCACGGGUCAUCUAUUAAGCUGAACCCAGCUAUGGGAAUCUUCGUCACAAUGAAUCCAGGAUAUGCUGGAAGAUCCAACUUGCCAGACAACCUGAAGCAAUUAUUCAGACAGGUCGCUAUGAUUAAGCCAAACAGGGAAAUGAUUGCCAGAGUCAUGCUUUACUCCCAAGGUUUCAAGACUGCUGAGGAGCUUUCGGGGAAGAUCGUUAGUCUGUUUGAACUUUGUGGAGACCAGCUAUCAAAUCAGCCCCACUACGACUUCGGUUUGAGAGCUCUGAAGAGUGUUCUUGUCAGUGCCGGUAACCUCAAGAGAACGGAAGAAAAUAAACACUUAGAUGCUGAGCGAGCCAUUCUGAUCAGAUCAGUGUGUAACACUGUUGUUCCAAAACUGAUCACUGAAGAUAUUCCUUUGCUCUCGAAGCUUCUCUCAGGAGUGUUCCCAGGAUCAGACAUUAUCAAGGUCGAGCAGGAAGGACUAAUCGACUGUAUUCACGACCUCCUCAAGACAAGGUACAACCUCGUCUACGACGAAAGCUUCAUCUCAAAAGUGCUGCAGCUGAUGCUCAUUCAAACAAUAUCCCACGGAGUCAUGAUGGUUGGACCUACUGGAAGCGGUAAAACUGCAGCAUACAAGCUUCUCAGGGAUUGCCUUCAAAUAGUAGAACACACGAAGUAUGAAGUCUACGUUAUCGAGCCAAAGGCAAUUCACAAAGAUGAUCUCUACGGAAGGCUUGACCCAACGACUGGAGAGUGGACUGAUGGUGUGUUCACAGGAAUCCUCAGAAGAAUUCUUGACAACGUCAGAGGAGAAGCUCAGAGAAACCACUGGAUUAUCUUCGAUGGUGAUGUUGAUCCAGAAUGGGCAGAGAAUCUGAACUCAGUUCUUGAUGACAACAAACUCCUCACCCUUCCAAGCGGAGAAAGACUCAGUAUCCCUCCGAAUGUGAGGAUUAUGUUCGAAGUAGAAAGCUUAAAGUAUGCUACACUCGCCACAGUCUCGAGAUGUGGAAUGGUCUGGUUCAGCGAAGAAAUCAUCAAACUCGACAUGAUGUACUUCCACUACCUCGAAAGACUCAAGCAAGAGGACUAUGACUCCUUGACCAGAGAAGGCUCUACCGAAGAAGGCAACGAACAGAACAAAGAUGCUCCAGGAGCACAGGUCCAAGACGAGGCUGCUAAGCUGGCCAAGAGGACUCGAGAAGUCUGUGUUGAAUCUAUUCAAAAACUCUUCAUCGAAGAUGGAUUUAUUUCGCAGUGCCUCGAAUAUUCAAAGGGGCAAGACCAUGUCAUGGAGUUCACAGACAUCAGAGCUUUGGGGGCGAUGUUCGCUCUUAUCAGAAAAGGAGUUUCCACUGUGGUAGAAUUCAACGAAGAAAGAUCCGAGUUCCCACUCUCUGACGACCAGAUAGACUCCUUCAUGUGCAAGUUCGUAAUCUACUCGGCCAUUUGGGGAAUUGGAGGAUCACUAAACCUUGCUGCAAGAAUUGAAUUCUGCGAUAAGAUCCAUGAGAUUUGAAGUAUUGACCUCCCAGACCCUUCAGGCCCUCCAAUUAUCGACUACGAAGUCAGGAUUGAUGACCAAGAAUGGCACCUCUGGAGGGAAAGAGUUCCGACCAUUGAUAUUGAGGCUAGCGAAGUCACCUCUGCCGAUAAGGUUAUUCAAACCGUAGACACCGUCAGACAUAGAGAAACGUUGUGCUCCUGGCUUGGCCAAAGAGUGCCAUUUAUUCUCUGCGGUCCUCCAGGAUCAGGUAAAACAAUGACACUGAUUUCCACAUUGAAUGCAUUGACUGAUUCCCAAAUGAUUUUCGUCAACUUCUCCAGUUCAACCAGUCCAGAGUUGAUCCUGAGAUCAUUCGACCAAUACUGUGAGUACAAGAAAGCAACAAAAGCCGAGGGAAUGAUUUUGAGGCCGAAGAAUAAUAAAUGGCUGAUUGUGUUCUGUGACGAGAUCAAUCUUCCAGAGCCUGACCAGUAUGGAACCCAACGAGUUAUAUCAUUUUUGAGACAAUUGACUGAGCAGAAUGGAUUCUACAGACCAUCCGACAAAGCCUGGGUUUCCUUAGAAAUGAUUCAAUUUGUAGGAGCUUGUAACCCUCCAACCGACCAAGGGAGAUCCCCGAUGACUGACAGGUUCAUGAGGCAUUACCCUCUGAUUUUGGUUGACUUCCCUGGAGAGGAAUCUCUCAAGCAGAUCUAUUCUACCUUCAACAGAGCCAUGCUCAAGAGAAUCCCUGACUUGUCUGGGUAUGCUCAGCCUUUGACAGAAGCCAUGGUCGAAUUCUACCAGGAGGCCCAGAAGAGGUUCACUGCCGACAUCCAGCCUCACUACGUAUACUCUCCGAGAGAGCUGACCAGGUGGAAGCUCGCCAUCUAUGGAGCCUUGGAAGGCCUCGAAACCUUAGGAGACUUAGUGAGACUCUAUGUCCACGAAGCCUUGAGAUUAUUCGAAGACAGAUGUGUUGAGCAGCAAGAAAAGGACUGGUGCAAUGAGAAUGUAUACAUUAUCGCUCAAAAGUGGUUCCCUCAGUGUGACCUUGACAAGAGUCUGAGCAGGCCAGUGCUGUUCUCACAAUAUUUGAACAAGAUGUACGUUUCAGUGCAGCAAGAAGAGCUGAGAAAGUUCAUUCAAGGCAAACUUCAGACUUUCAAUGAAGAAGAACUUGAUGUUUCCCUGGUUGUAUUCGAUUCAGUCGUUGACCACGUCCUCAGAAUUGACAGAGUCCUGAAGCAACCAGUCGGUCACCUUCUGUUGAUUGGAGCUUCUGGUGUUGGUAAAACAACUCUUGCCAGAUUCGUCGCCUGGAUCAACAACCAGACUGUCUUCCAGAUCAAGGCAUGAAAGAACUACUCCCUCGACAACUUCGAUGAAGAUAUUAGAAGCGUAAUGAGGAGAUCAGGAGUGAAGGGAGAAAAGAUCUGCUUCAUCUUCGACGAAAGUAAUGUUCUCUCCUCUGCCUUUUUGGAAAGGAUGAAUGCCCUCCUCGCUAGUGGAGAAGUGCCAGGUCUUUUCGAUGGAGACGAUUACACUCAUCUUAUCAACCAGUGCAAGGAAGCCAACCCACAGAUGGUUGAUUCUGAAGAAGAACUAUACAACAACUUUGUGAAGAACACACAGAGAAACCUCCACGUUGUGUUUACGAUGAACCCAUCAAACCCAGACUUCAACAACAGAACAGCCAGUUCUCCAGCCCUGUUCAACAGGUGUGUGAUUGACUGGUUCGGAGAGUGGGCCGACGAGAGUUUGUGGCAAGUCGCCAAGGAAUACACCAAAUAUGUGGAGCUCUCGGAUGAGUAUUUCGAGAAUUAUCAGCAAUGAGAAGUAAUUGGAGAGCAAGACACUGAUCCAAAGCAUGAGUCGCUUAUCAGUGUAAUUGUCCACAUUCACCAGUCAGCAAAGCAAGCUAAUGCAAAGCUCCAGAAGAAUGCCAAGAAGUACAACUUCAUCACUCCAAGAGACUAUCUGGACUUCAUCAAGCACUUCACCGAAGUGUUGAGCGCCAAAAAGGAGGAGCUGCAGGAGCAAGAAUUGCAUCUCAACACAGGUCUUGACAAGCUGAAAGAAACCGAGGCUGAAGUCAUCGACCUCCAGCAGAACGUGCUGGUCAGCAUCCAGGCUGACCUCGAAAAGAAGGACAAGGAGGCCAACCAGAAACUAGCCUUGAUGCUGGAAGAGCAGAAGGAUGCUGAGAAAUCCAAGGAAAUUUCCAUUAGAACUAGUCAAGAAGUCAGCAUAAAGCAGGAAGAGAUUGCUAAGAGAACUGAAGAUAUCAAUUCUGACCUCAGCAGAGCAGAGCCAGCUCUCAUAGAAGCGCAAGAAAGUGUGAACUCCAUCAACAAGUCCCAUCUGAACGAAAUCAAAGCCAUGGGUAAACCUCCGAACAAAGUAAGAUACGCAGUGGAAGCUGUAUGCGUUCUUAUUUAUGGACUCAACAAAAAGCCAGACUGGGCAAAGUGCAAAGGGUACAUUACAGGAACAGACUUCAUCCCUAAGAUCCUGAGUUACGACAAAGACCAAGUUACCGCAAAAAUCAAGAAGCUGAUUAGCAAAGAGUACCUUGAAACUGAUGACUGGAACCUUGAUGCCAUCAACAGAGCUUCCAGGGCUGCAGGGCCUCUGGCAAAGUGGGUGCAGUCCCUCAUUGACUACGCUGACAUCUACCUCAUGAUCGAGCCACUGAGAGACGAGCUGAAAGGGCUCACAGACGAAGAGAAGGAACUCGUUGUGAAGAGUGAAGAGCUCACAGCCAAGAUCGCUAAGUUGGAGCAGAACAUUGAGCAAUACAAGAAGGACUACGCUCUCUUGAUUGCUGAGGUACAAAGGAUCAAGUCAGAAAUGCUGAAGGUUACCGACAAGGUGGACAGAUCCAAGAAAUUGAUUGAGAACUUAAGCUCAGAAAGGACUAGGUGGGAAGCCUCAUGCCAGAAUAUUAUGAGCUUGAUGGCAACACUCGUUGGUGACUGCGUGCUUUCGGGUGCUUUCCUGACCUAUCUCGGAUUCUUUGACCAUUCUUACAGGAAACUGCUGAAUGCCGAAUGGAGGGACAUUCUCGGAGCUGCAGGAAUCAAAUACAGAGAUGACAUUUCAUAUCUUGAGUUCUUGAGCAAACCCUCUGAAAGACUCCAAUGGCAAGGCGAAGGUCUCCCAAAUGAUGACAUUUGUCUCGAGAAUGCAACCAUUUUGAAGUAUUACAACAGAUACCCACUUAUCAUUGACCCAAGUGAGCAAGCCCAUUCCUUCGUCAUGAAGCACUAUGAAGGUAGCAAAAUCCAAAAGACUAGUUUCGUUGAUGAUGCGUUCAUGAAGCAGCUAGAGAGCUCUAUCAGAUUUGGAUAUCCUCUUUUAGUCCAAGAUGUUGAAAAAUAUGAUCCAAUCCUGAACUCAAUCCUGAACAAAGAAAUCCACAAGACAAACGGCAGAGUUCUGAUUAGAGUCGGAGACCAAGAAAUUGAUUUCUCUCCAUCGUUUAAAAUGUUCAUGAUCACCAGAGAUUCGCAAGCUCAGUUCACUCCGGAUCUCUGCUCAAGAGUGACUUUCUGUAACUUCACAGUGACUCCAAGUUCUCUGCAGAACCAGUGCUUGAACAUCUAUUUGAAGAAUGAGAGGCCAGAGACCGAGCAGAAGAGACAAGACUUGCUCAAACUUCAGGGCGAGUGCAGAGUCCUUCUUAGAGAACUCGAGGACAAACUCCUGAACACACUGUCGACCUUCGAAGGAAGCAUCCUCGAAAACGACCAACUUAUUGGAACUCUGGAAACAAUCAAGAAGGAAGCAACGGAGAUCCAGUUAAAGGUAGAUGCUACUGACGAGACUAUGGACGAGAUUGAGCUUGUGUCUGAGGCCUAUCAGCCACUCUCUGUGGUCACCUCAAGAAUCUAUUUCACUCUUGAGAGUCUCCCCUCGAUCCACUACCUCUACCAGUUCUCACUCUGACACUUCAUGGACGUGAUCUUCGGAUUGAUCAAAGAAAAUCCUGAGCUGAACGCAAUUCCGAUGAAAGAGCCAGACCAGAGACUCCACAAGAUGUUCGAGUUGAUAUUCAAAGUGAUCUACCAGCAAUUCUCUCCGUCAAUGCUGAACCAAGACAAACUCCUCUUCGCCCUCAGACUUGCCCAGAUCAGCAUGCAGGGCAGAGGAAGUGAAGAGUUUGAAUGCUUGAUGAGAACUCCGACGGUCAUGGAGUUGAGCAUCUCGCCCAGCCUGCUUGGAGGAGCCCUUUCAGAGAGCCAGCUUGCUGCUCUCCAGUAUCUGGACACUCAGAGGGAAUUCGGAUGCCUGGUCGAUCACAUGAGUGAACCAAGCAAUCAAGAAUUAUGGAUGGAGUUCCUCAAGGAUAGCAAGGCUGAAGAGAAUGUCCCAGAACUCCCUGGUGACGCAGAGCUUGCUCAAGAAGACGAAGCUGUUUUGAAAAUAAGGCAGCUUUCUAUCAUAAAGACACUCAGACCGGACAGGUUAAGUGCCGCUGCCAAGGCCUUUAUCCACAGCGCCCUGAAGAACCAGAUGCUUGAUGAAGAUGAGAUGUCAUUUCUGACAAUUGUGGAAGAGAAGAGCAACUCCAAGUCCCCGCUCCUGCUGGUCUCAGCUCCAGGUUACGACGCCAGUGCUAAAGUAGAAGAAAUUUGAAAGACGAAUAAUAAGAAACUAUUCUCAAUUGCUAUUGGUGCAGCCGAGUGCUACGGCAUUGCUGAGAAAAGCAUCGCCUCGGCUUCAAAGAUCGGAGGGUGGGUCCUCCUCAAGAAUGUGCAUCUUGCUCCAGGAUGGCUGGUUGAUGUUGAGAAGAAGCUCCACAGGCUUAAUCACCACAAAGGAUUCAGAAUGUUCAUGACAAUGGAGUUCAAUCCAAAGAUCCCAACAACACUGCUGAGGAUGUCGAUGACUCAGGUGUUCGAGCCUCCAAGCGGAAUAAAGGCCUCUCUCCUCAGGACUUAUGGAGGCGUCGUCAACGCUCAAAGAUCAGAGAAAUCACCAAUCGAAAGAUGCAGAAUGCAUUUCCUGCUCAGUUGGUUCCAUGCAGUCAUUCAGGAAAGACUCAGAUACACUCCGAUUGGGUGGUCAAAGAAGUACGAAUUCAACGAGAGUGACCAGAGAGGAUCUCUUGAUGCUGUUGAUGAGUGGAUCACCAAGGCCACCAAAGAAAUGUCUGACAAUAUUGACCCUCAAGAAAUUCCAUUGGUCGCUAUUCGAGCUCUGCUUAGCGAAACAAUUUAUGGAGGAAAAGUAGAUAACGAAUACGAUUCUCAGAUUUUGCACUCUCUCACAGGACAGUUCUUCACUCCCGAGAGCUUCGACAGCGGGUUCCCACUGAUGAAAGUCCCAGAAACGUCAGAUGUUGAGCCUUUGAUUGCUCCAGAAGGAAGAAAAGUGGCAGACUACAGAAAGUGGAUUGAAGAGCUUCCCAACGUUGAAAGCCCUCUCUGGUGCGGACUCCCAGCCAAUGUUGACAACAUCCUCAAGAAACGCCAAGCCGCACAGUUGAUUGAGAGCUUUAAGCAGAUCCAGGGAGCUGAAGACGAAGAAGCCGAACCAUCAGUCGACGCUGAGGAGGGUGGAAAAGGAGCUUUAUGGCUCCGGAGACUGAAUGAGACUGUUACUUCUCUGCUGGAAUUCUUGCCUCAAGAAGCGCCACCUCUCAAGAGAGAACAGAAUUCUUUGACAGACCCACUGUUCAGAUUCUUAGAAAGAGAAGUCACGCUUGGUGCUAAGCUGCUCAAGGUGUUGAAGCAAGACCUCGAAGACCUCAAGCUCCUCGGAACUGGUGACCUUAAAGCCACUAACGAACUCAGGGAAAUCGCCCAUGAACUUAGUACUGACACAAUUCCAAAGAAAUGGAAGUGGUUCAAAGUUGCAAACUCCACCGCCACUGAGUGGGUGAUUGACUUUGUGAAGAGACUUGCCCAGCUUGAAGAGCUUGCUUCAGAGCCAAGCUACAGGCACAAGAAAUUAUGGCUUGGAGGAUUCUUCUUCCCAGAAGCCUUGAUCACUGCCACCAGACAGUCAGUGGCCGAGAGCCAUCAGUGGUCGUUAGAAGAGUUAGAUCUGAUCAUUGAGGUUUGAAAGGAUGAAAUCGAUGGAGACCAAAGCUUCAUGAUCGAAAAUCUCACUUUGGAAGGAUACGAAUGGUCUGCAGAAAACAAUGAUGUUGUCGCCUCAGACGUGUUAUCAGCCAAGCUCCCUGUAUCCUCCAUCAAGUGGGUCCACAAGGACCAAAGCACCAAAGAAGAACUACUUCAGAGAUUACCCAUUCCGGUCUACCUGAACAGUGAGAGACUGGACCUGUUAUUCUCAGUCAAAAUUGCGAGCAACCAGCCUAGAGCGGAUCUUUACCAGAGGGGAAUCGCACUGACAGCCUGGUCUAUAUCCUAAUCAUUCAACUUACUCUCCCCACAAAUAUACUCAUUCUCAAUUUGGCUCACAUACAUAAAACCAAGAAUUAC